AUGACUAUGACUGAGGCAGAAUUGCAACAGGUUGUUGAAUCUAAUGGUAUUCCAAAUGGAUCGGAGGUAGAAGCGGUGCAGAAAUCUAUCAAAAACUUGAGUUUGGAAAAUCUUGACAACACCGAAGCAGAGAAGUCGGAAUCAGAACCAAUACCAGAAUCGAACUCACAAGAAGAAUCCCAAGAUUCAGAGGCUUCAGAAAAUGGAGAACAAGACGAAUCUAAUGUUAAAACGAAUUCCGGGAAAAAAGAUCAUCAUCAUCAAUCGAGGGCAGAAAGAUUAGAGAAACAAAUUGAACUUGACUCUCGCUCGAUCUUUGUCGGUAAUAUUACCACCGAAGCCACAGCUGAAACACUUGAAGAGCAUUUCAAAGAUUGUGGUGAGGUUGUUAGGGUCACCAUUCUUUACAAUAAACUGACUGGUGCUCCUAAAGGCUACGCCUAUAUUGAGUUCGAAAGUUCGGAUUCUAUUCCUAAGGCUUUGGAAUUGAAGGAUUCUGAAUUGCAUGGAGAAACCAUCAAUGUGGCUAAAAAGAGAACCAACGUUCCUGGAUAUAAUAACAACAAAAAUUACUACCCAAGAAAAGAAUGGGUUUACCCGGGCUGGCAAGGAAACGUUAUGCGUCAAUGGUAUUAUCCAUACGCCGCACCAGGUUAUCAAAAUUACAAACCAAACGGCAUGCCUAUUCCACCUCCUCCUCAAAAUACAUUCUAUCCUCAAUACCCAUAUGUGCCACGUCCUACUCAUAAUUCUGGUCUUAAAAUGGGUGGCUAUCCAAGAGGCAACUACAGAGGUAAUUACAGAGGUAACAAUUUCAGAGGCAACUACAACGGUAGAAGAGGUAAUAACCACAAUGGUAACUAUAGAGGGCCAAGAAAUCAACAGAAUGGAAAUUUCAACCACGCGGAUGCUGAUUCUGAUGCUAACGCUACCCCAGAAGAAAAGUCCAGCAAUUCCAGCAGUGAAGGUACUACGGAGAAUGAAGAGACCCAGCCUUUAGGAGAAGCAGAAACUCCGGUGACUCCAUCUAAAGAUUAG